GUGAAAAGAGUAUGUCAAGAACAACUUGUUCUUCAAAGAGUGAAACACUCUUCCACCACCUUUGGAGCUUGAACACCGAAGACAAAACAACUUGCAACUGGAAACUCCCUAAGCAGUCUUCUGACAGAAUGGUAGCAGCACAGAAACUAGAUGCACCUGUAACAAAAGGCCAUGCAAGAUACAAGCUCGGUUUCCUAAUGAUAGAUCAUAAACUGUAGAUGCUGAGAAUUCACUGUUAGUUUAAGCAAAAUACCCAAAAGCCUCUUGCGAGUAAUAUGUCCCCUGACAAAACGUUGUAUCUCUACGGCGGCAACUUUGUGAGCACGAAAGGUCUUCCAGCAGUUUAGACAACGAACAGCACUCUGAAUUUUUGUCACAGCAUGUUUUUGGCAUAAGAACCUCCUUCUAGUCAGCCAACCACGGCAAUGUCUCUGGAUUCAAUUGAGCAAAGCAUAGACUUAGCAUAGGAAAAACAGGAAUCCUUGUCUAC